AUGGCAAUAGUAUUAAGAUAUUGUACAUCACAUAAUGUACAAGAGAGAUUAUUAGAGCUUAAACCUAUUGAUAGUCACAAAGGUGAGUCAAUCUUUAAAUUGUUAGAAGAUUUUCUUAAAAAUUCUAAACUUGAUAUUUUAAAUUGUCGCGGUCAGUCAUAUGACAAUGCUCCUAAUAUGAGUGGAACUUAUGAAGGACUACAAGCAUAUGUAAAAAAAAAGUGUGAUUUAGCUAUUUAUGUACCUUGCACUGCUCAUUCACUUAACCUAGUCGGAGUUCACAGUGUGAAUUGUUGCUUAGAAGCAGUAAAUUUUUUUGGGUUUCUUCAGUCACUGUAUAAUUUUUUCAGUAGUGCUACUCACAGAUGGAAUAUAUUAACUACAUCUAUAGAAAAAAGUGAUAGUAAUCGAUUACUAGUAUUAAAAUCUUUAAGUGAUAGUGGUGAUACUAGAUGGUCAUGUCAUACAGAGUCUUGUAAAGCAUUAAUAAAUAAUUACACUAAAAUUAUUGAAGUAUUAGAAACUAUAAUAAGUCCUAAUAGUAAAGAAAAUGAAGAUACUAAAAGAAAUGCUAGACCAUUAUUAAAAAAAAUUUUAAAAAAAGAAACUGGAUACAUGGCACUUUUAUGGAAUGACAUUUUAGAAAGAUCCAACAAGACCUCAAUACAGUUGCAAACAAUAAAUUGUGAUCCUUUAAAAGCUCUUAAUUUACUUAUAUCAUUAAAGCAUUAUGUAUCAAAUUUGAGGAAGUGCAGUACAUUAUAUGAAAAUAAAAUAAAUCAACUUAGUCCUAAAAUAAAAGAGAAAUACUCCGAUGAACAAGAGAGAAUAAAAAAAAAGAAAUUUCCAAAUGACUCUGGUUGUAAUCAGGUAUCUUUAAGUGGUCAUGACAAGUUUAGAGUAGAGACUUAUAAUGUUAUUAUAGAUAGUUUUUGUUCACAAUUAGAAAAACGAAUUGAAGCUUAUAGUUUUCUAAAAAACAAUUUUUUGUUCAUCACAAAAUUGCAUGUUGUUUUACCACAAGAUAUUGAUGAAGAAGAAGAAGUUAAUAAAAGUCUUGAAAAUUUUAUUUUAUUUAAACCUUCAUAUGAUUACACACAAGAUUAUCUGCUAGAUAUUUGGAAGCAUUUCAAUGAAAAAAAUCUAUUAAUUUCUUUUCCUAAUUUGUAUACUGCAAUUAAAAUAUAUCUAACCAUACCUAUUGCAAAUUGUUCGGCUGAAAGAGCUUUCUCCAAAUUAGCUCGAAUAAAAAACAAGUAUAGAACAAGCUCUUCUCAAGAAAAUUUAAAUAGUUUUAUGGUUUUGUGUUCAGAGAGUGAUGUUUUGGAAGUAAUUAAUACCGAUGAUAUAAUUAAAGAGUUUGCUUCCCAAAAAUCUAGAAAAAAAUAUUUUUAA